CCUAAAGCCAAUGUAAAUCUAUCACGAUGGUCUCAAAUAGAACCAGAACAACAAAUUCAGAUCCAUUUUGCCAUCUCGAGGUCAUCGGUGCAAUAAACCACGACCAGGUAAUUUUCAUGAUCUACAGUUCUACAAAAACCCGACACCUGGGUAGUUGGAAAGUAGUUGCAAGCUUUCUCCAGCAUAAAUAACCCUCUCAGUUUGCAUUCAACCGACCAACGAUUCACAAAGGACAUUAAACGUCGUUCCACAACAACAUGGCCAAGUACAACCCUACUGAGAAAACCUGGUCCGGUCCGGUGCAACCCGGAAUACUCAAUCCGGAGGCCAAUGUGGGCCAAGUGGUUCUAGAUCUGCUCUCGAGGACCCCGGAUAAGGUGAUCCAGAUCAACGCCGACACCGGAUGUGAGAUGACAUGCGCCGAGAUGAAGCGUCGAAUCGUUCGGGUGGCUCUUAAUCUAAAGAAGUUAGGCUACCGACUUGGAGAUUUGGUAUCGCUGGCGUGCACCAACAGUGAGAACGUGGUUCCGGUGUAUUUUGGAUGUGUGACAAUGGGUUUGGCGGUAAAUCCACUGGCUCCGGUGUUCAACCGGGACGAUCUGGCUCACAUGAUGCGCCUAACGCAGUCGAAGAUUGUGUUCUGCGAUGAGAACAAUCGGGAAGUGGUUGAAGAAGCUGUGAGCGAAGCUAUUCGAGAAGCACCCCGAAUCUACGUGAUGGGAGUCGGUAGUGGUAGUGCCUCAUCCGUUGAUGAGCUGCUUGCUUCGAUGGAAGAAGAGCAGUUCUUUGAACCUCCAUAUUUGGGAGGUUCAAAUACGCUCACAGCGACGAUUCUGUGCUCUUCGGGCACUACCGGUCUACCGAAGGGAGUAUGCCUUUCGCAUGCCCACCAAAUUGGGGUAGAACUUUUUUCGGAUACGCUGAACGCCGGACCGAUCUUCAACUUCAGUCCCCUAUUCUGGAUGACUGGUUUGUUUGCGGCGCAUAAUUCCUUGCUCUACAAUCGACCGCGUGUCAUCACCACGCAACCUUUCAGUGCCGAAGCGUUUUUCUCGAUCAUCGAGAAGUACCGCGUGGAAGACGUCUUCACACCACCAUCGGCCAUUGCUGCCAUCCAGGGUCAUCCCAGAUACGAUACUGUGGAACUUGCGAGCUUAAAACGAUGGAUUCUCGGAGGCACUACAGUUUCACCUGAACUGGUAACCUGUCUAUCUCAACGGUUCAAUGCUAUCGAUAUAAAAGCUGUGUACGGCUGUUCUGAGUGUGGUGUCGUCACCUCUCCCAUGGCUUUAACUGGAACGUUGACCAGGAACAUGACGGUUAAGAUCGUGGAAGAAAACGGACGAAAGCUGGGACCCAACGAGAAGGGUGAAAUUUGCAUCAAAAGCAAAUAUCGGUUUUUGGGCUACCUCAACAAUAAGGAGAUGACAGCGAACGCGUUCGAUGCCGAAGGGUUCUACAAAACCGGAGACAUUGGCUAUUUUGAUUCGGAUGGUUUCCUGCAGGUGGUUGAUCGCAUCAAGGACAUCAUCAAGUUUAUGAACUAUCAGAUAUCUCCGUCGGAUUUGGAAGACAUCAUACUGCAGAUCGACGGAGUCCGGCAGGUUUGCGUCGUCGGAGUCCCAACGGCUGAUCAAUCGUCCGAUCUUGUGACGGCAAUGAUUGUGCUUCAGCCGGGAUCACGCUUGACGGCACGGUCGGUGGUGGACACGGUGAACGGCCAGGUUGGCGACUACAAACGGCUGAGAGGUGGAGUGCACUUCGUUGAUCAGCUACCGAUGACACCUGCCGGGAAGGUACUUCGACGUGCGGUCAAGGAGAUGGUUGUGGUUAGGGUUGGUGAGACGCAUAUUUAAUUGCAGCUAUUGUAUUAAGGAAGCUAAACGAUUCAAAUUUAAUAUAUUAUCUUCCAAAGCCAUUAUUCAACAGUCAGGUUUGAUUGUUCAAAAUCUUGAACAACUAAAACGUUGCAGGGCAACAAGAUCAAAUAAGUAAAUCGACUAAGUAAUUGAAUAGAACCUAAGCGACCGUUUCUGUCACUGGUUUGCUUUCUGUGACGACAUUUUAAAGAAAAAGUUACUCGA